UCCCGCCCCUAGGCCGCGGCGGCGCAGCUGCCUGCGCGUCUCGGGCCCUGGGAGCGGCGCAGGCUCCGGAGUCGCCGAACUGUGCAAAAAAGGCCCGAAGAUGCGAGCCGGCCGCACGCCUUAGACAAUGAAGCCGCGGGCGCCGCCGCCCGCCCCGGGCCCUGCGCGCCGCGGCCGCACCUGCCGGCCAGACCGUCCCGGCUUCUGACUGCCCGCCCUCCCGCCGCUCCGCCCACCCGCCCCGCGGGCCCAUGGCUGGGCGCCUGGGACCCGGACCCCCGCACUCGUGCCGCGCGGCGCACGGGCCGGCGGGCGCCAGGGGCGCCAUCCCUGCAGCUUAAGCGCGGCCCUCGCGGCGAGCAGGGGGCGUGGGCCCUCUCCCCGCGCGCCCGCUCGCUCCGCCUCGCCCGGCGACUGCCCGAUCGCGCGUCCCGGCCCGCGGCGCUGGAUGCAGAGGAGCCCCGGCGGGCGGCGCGGCGGCUGCGGCCCCGGGCGACAUGUACCUGCUGGACGUCAGCGGCGAGCCCGCGUCUCCGCCCGCGGACACGAUGCCGCGCGGGACGCCCCCCAGGAAGACCGUUUACCGCAUCUCCGUGACCAUGGUCAGGAAGGAGCAGCUGGCCGCCCCGGGCCCGGGUGGUCCCGACCCGCGUCCCACUCGGAAGCUCCGGCCCGGGCGCUCCCCGGACGCGCCCGGGCGGCUGGUGGAGGAGGAGGAGGCAGAGGAUGCUGCGGCGGCCACUGAGGACCCAGAGGGCUGCCGGCCGCGCGCCUGGGACGUCCGCACCUACCGCACCCGCAGCACCGGGCAGCUGGAGCUGGGGCGGCUUCGGCCGUGCACACGCGGCACGGAGCCCACGGACCUGGCCGGCAGUCCCCCGGCCGUGGAGCAGGAACCCAGGUCGCCUACGCCCGGCAGCCCCGACGUGGAGGGGGUCCGGGCCGCGCCCCUGCGGCGGAGCCUCAGCUUCAGGCACUGGAGCGGGCCCGAGGCCCCGCGGGAACGGGCCCCGGGCCGCGGGAGGCGCCACAGCAGCUCUGCGAGCCUGGCCUGGGCGCCGGGCGGCGAGACUGUGGCCGACCCCGGGGUCGUCCCCGAGCCCGCGGCCGCCGCGCAGCCCUCCUCGGAGAAACGCAACACUCUGGACGUAGGCGAGGUGCUCAGCAAAAACGAUGCGCUCUCGGACUUGGAGCGCUGGGAGCGCAGCAAGAGCAAGAACCGCACGCUGGACAACAGCGACCUGCAGCGGCUGGAGCGCGCGCGGGCCGCGGCCACCGGCCCCAGCGCGGUCUCGGAGCACAGGCUGCUGCGCUUCUUCAGCGGCAUCUUCGCGCGCAGGGACGGCGCACCCAGCGGCGGGCCCUCCCCGCGGAGCGGCUCCUUGCGACCCCGUGGCUACUUCAGCCUGCGACGCGCCCCGGCCGACGCGCACUCAUCCAGCGCCGAGAGCAUCGAGGGGUCCCCGCGCAGAGAUGCCUUUGUGAACAGCCAGGAAUGGACGUUGAGUCGAUCUGUCCCGGAGCUCAAAGUGGGAAUCGUGGGCAAUCUGGCCAGCGGCAAGUCGGCCCUGGUGCACCGCUACCUGACCGGCACCUACGUCCAGGAAGAGUCUCCCGAAGAUAUGGAUGCAGGUGGCAGAUUCAAGAAAGAGAUUGUUGUUGACGGACAGAGCUAUCUGCUGCUGAUUAGAGAUGAAGGGGGCCCCCCCGAGGCCCAGUUUGCCAUGUGGGUGGACGCUGUCAUAUUUGUCUUCAGCUUGGAGGAUGAAAUCAGCUUCCAGACGGUUUACCACUACUACAGUCGGAUGGCCAGCUACCGGAGCACGAGCGAGAUCCCGCUGGUGCUGGUGGGAACCCAGGACGCCAUCAGUUCCACCAACCCGCGGGUCAUCGACGACUCCCGGGCGCGGAAGCUCUCCAGUGACCUGAAGCGGUGCACAUACUACGAGACGUGUGCCACGUACGGCCUGAACGUGGAGAGGGUCUUUCAGGACGUUGCCCAGAAGAUUGUCGCCACAAGGAAGAAGCAGCAGCUGUCCAUAGGGCCCUGCAAGUCGCUCCCCAACUCCCCGAGCCACUCCUCCGUCUGCUCCGCGCAGGUGUCCGCCGUGCACAUCAGCCAGACAAGCAACGGAGGCGGGAGUUUGAGCGACUAUUCCUCCUCCGUCCCAUCGACUCCCAGCACAAGCCAGAAGGAGCUGCGGAUCGACGUCCCUCCCACUGCCAACACCCCGACGCCCGUCCGGAAGCAGUCCAAGCGCCGGUCCAACCUUUUCACCUCUCGGAAAGGGAGUGACCCGGACAAAGAGAAGAAAGGCCUGGAGAGUCGCGCGGACAGCAUCGGGAGCGGCCGAGCCAUCCCAAUUAAACAGGGCAUGUUGCUGAAGCGCAGCGGCAAGUCGUUGAACAAAGAGUGGAAGAAGAAGUACGUCACCCUGUGCGACAACGGGGUGCUCACCUACCACCCCAGCCUGCACGAUUACAUGCAGAACGUUCACGGGAAAGAGAUCGACCUUCUGAGAACCACUGUGAAGGUCCCCGGGAAGAGGCCCCCCCGCGCCACGUCGGCCUGCGCACCCAUCUCCAGCCCCAAAACCAACGGCCUGUCCAAGGACAUGAGCAGUUUACACAUCUCACCCAAUUCAGGGAAUGUCACUAGUGCAUCUGGGUCUCAGAUGGCCAGCGGCAUCAGCCUGGGCUCCUUCAACAGCCGACCGGACGGCAUGCAGCAGCGGUCCUACUCUGUCUCCAGUGCCGACCAGUGGAGUGAGGCUACGGUCAUUGCAAACUCGGCCAUCAGCAGUGACACGGGACUGGGCGACUCCGUGUGCUCCAGCCCAAGCAUGUCCAGCACCACCAGCCCCAAGCUCGACCCGCCCCCCUCCCCCCACGCCAACAGAAAGAAGCACCGAAGGAAGAAAAGCACCAGCAACUUCAAAGCCGACGGCCUGUCAGGCACCGCUGAAGCCAAACGCAAAGCAUGGAAACUAAACCGUGUUGGUAGCCUGCGAAAUAUAUACAGCAGCAGCAGCACCAACACUGAAGAGCAAGAAGAAAACUUUGAGUUUAUCAUUGUGUCCCUCACUGGCCAGACGUGGCACUUUGAAGCCACCACGUAUGAAGAGAGAGACGCGUGGGUCCAAGCCAUCGAGAGCCAGAUCCUUGCCAGCUUGCAGUCAUGUGAGAGCAGCAAGAAUAAGUCCCGGCUGACGAGCCAGAGUGAGGCCAUGGCCUUGCAGUCGAUACGAAACAUCCGAGGGAAUUCGCACUGUGUGGACUGCGAGACUCAGAACCCUAACUGGGCCAGCUUGAACCUGGGAGCCCUCAUGUGCAUCGAGUGCUCAGGGAUCCACCGGAACCUCGGCACCCACCUCUCGCGAGUUCGAUCUCUGGACCUGGACGACUGGCCCAUCGAGCUCAUCAAGGUGAUGUCGUCCAUUGGGAACGAGCUGGCCAACAGCGUCUGGGAAGAGAAUAGCCAGGGGCGGACGAAGCCCUCGCUGGACUCCACAAGGGAAGAGAAGGAGCGGUGGAUCCGGGCCAAGUAUGAGCAGAAGCUCUUCCUGGCCCCGCUGCCCUGCACCGAGCUGUCCCUGGGCCAGCACCUGCUGCGGGCCACGGCCGACGAAGACCUGCGGGCGGUCAUCCUGCUGCUGGCACACGGCUCCCGGGACGAGGUGAACGAGACCUGCGGGGAAGGCGACGGCCGCACGGCGCUGCACCUGGCCUGCCGGAAGGGGAACGUGGUCCUGGCGCAGCUCCUCAUCUGGUACGGGGUGGACGUCAUGGCCCGCGACGCACACGGGAACACGGCGCUGGCCUAUGCCCGGCAGGCCUCCAGCCAGGAGUGCAUCGAGGUCCUGCUGCAGUACGGCUGCCCCGACGAGCGCUUCGUGCUCAUGGCCACCCCCAACCUGUCCCGGAAGAGCAAUAACCGGAACAGCGGCAGCGGGCGGGUGCCCACCAUCAUCUGAGGGGCGUCGGCGCCCCCCGCCCGCCACCCCUCCCUCUUCCUGGUGGUCACCUGCCACCCACCCUCCCUCCCUCACCCGCAGUGAAAUCACAGAACCUGGACAGUCCUCACGGAGGCGAAGACGAGGCCCGGAGGCUGCAGGAUCGAUCGUUUCCACGAACUCCCCCACUCGACAAGAGGAGCGACCGGCUGGCCUCGGUUGGUUGAUGAUAGCACACGGCGCGGGACCCCGGUCCCGUGGCCUAGAGACAGAGCUCGGCACAAGGGGCAGGGAUGGACAGAGGGGGAGGGGAGGCAGCAGCAGGGAGACGGGAACUCUCCUUAACUGGCGGUUAAGCACAUCAGUACAUUUCACCUCUACCGCACGGAACACUUGCAUCUAUCUCAUCUCUUCUCCGAGGAGCUUGACGCCAUAAAUCAGGAGCAAGCCGAGUUUGUCAGGUCUGAAGCCCCUAUGAUGGUGUGUGUCAAAUCAGUUGUAGCUAAUCUGUCCCGGGAGAAUGCUGGCUUCAUUACACUUGUAUAGUUGAGUUCUUGCAGCAUUACCGCUGUUUAAUAGAACAUGAUUAGUCAUCACCGGGAAGAAAGCAUAUUAGCCGAGGAGGCAGUUACGCAGCACGCUCUGGUGAUUGCCGCGAUGUGAUUGCAAUACUCUUAGAAGCAUCAUAUUAUCCCAGACAUGUUCUUCCGAGCCCUUGGAGCCCUCCUUUCUAAAUUCACUGUCAUAAUUUAGUAUCUGUUUAAUUUUUCAGUCCAAAGAGAGGAAAUCAGUUGCUGAGUAGUAUUUGACGGCAGUCUCCUUGGUGCAAAAACAAAAUGGGAAAAAUAAAUAAGAGCAACUCAGAAAUUCCGGAGGAAAUCACGAAUUUCAGCCGACAGUGACAUGCCGGGUGCAUUUAGGAAGCUGGGUAAAUGCAUAAAAAGCUACCCCCCCCCUCCCACCCCCUGAACAGGAGAGAUAUUUUAUGUCCUUUUGCCAAGGUGGACGUCUGGGUCUCAGUCACUCCCGGGCCACGUUGCCCAAGUCGCACAGGCUCCCGUGUUGUGUCUUCAGAUGAGAUGUGUGGAAAUGUAUUGGAAUAAAAGAAGUUCAUAAAUAUGCAUUGAUUUUUGUACAGACGAAUGGCACCUCUGUUAAUUUAUAAAUGGAACUGGAUGUGAACUAAUAAUGUGCAACUAGUUGAGAUAAGCGGGUUACAGAUCAUUGUACAUGGAGAGUGUUCGCAGCGGUAAACACUUCCAUUAACGUGAUAUACAGCUUUGAAAAGGGGGCGCAUCAGAAUAAGAUGGUAGUGCAAUUUGCUUAUUAAAAUCGAGAAAGAGAGAAAAAAAA